UAACGAACAAAUAUAAACAUUAGACUCCUCUCACUCUCCGCCCGCUUCCUCCCACCAUUCGACAAGCCUUUAUUUCUUUUCAUUGAAGUCGAUCUAAUUCCCUGCCCUCCCCCCAAAUUUUCCCCUAGAAGUCGAUCUAAUUUCAUGUUUUUUGUGUUGUCCAAACUCGAUCUAGGCCAUCUCCACAAUUUCCCAUCUUAAAUUCUCCAAACCGAGUUUUGUUUUAUUUGGCGAAACUUUAUGGGUUCAUUUGUGGGUUCUGUUAUGUUACCUGCCGUCAACAUUUGCAAAAGCAGCAGUGGCUCUUCUUCUUCUUCUUCGUCUAGCUACAUGAAAACAUUUUUGCCCAAUUCUAAUUUAGAAAAGCAGCCAUUCUUGGUGACGAAUAGGAAGAAUAAGGGGACUGUUUGUGCUUGUGUUGCACCCCCUCGGGAAUACAAAGCUGCUGAUUCUGAUCGGUUUCAAACCAAAAGAUUCAAUCAGGAAUCUGCUAAAUCGGAGAAUGUGAGCUUGUUGAGGGAGCCUGAGGAUGAGUCAGAUGUGCUUAUUGAGUGUAGAAAUGUGUGCAAGUCAUUUGGGGACAAGCAUAUCUUAAGAGGUGUGAGCUUAAAGAUCAGACAUGGUGAGGCUGUUGGAAUUAUUGGGCCUUCUGGCACAGGGAAGUCUACAAUCUUAAAGAUAAUGGCAGGCCUUCUUGCUCCUGAUAAAGGGGAAGUCUUAAUCCGAGGUAAACUGCGUAAUGGAUUAGUCAGUGAUGAGGAAAUUUCUGGGCUUAGAAUUGGCUUAGUGUUUCAGAGUGGUGCACUUUUUGAUUCAUUAACUGUUCGUGAAAAUGUUGGUUUCUUGCUAUAUGAGAAUUCAAAUAUGCCAGAGGAUCAAAUUGCACAGUUUGUAACUGAAACUUUAGCUGCUGUUGGGUUGAAGGAAGUUGAAGACCGAUUACCGUCUGAAUUGUCUGGUGGUAUGAAGAAAAGAGUUGCUCUAGCUCGUUCUAUAAUUUUUGAUACCACGAAAGACGUAGUAGAGCCAGAGUCUGAAUGCUACAAGCAUCUGUGCAUGAUGUAUCCACUUCCAAUUUCACUCCUAAAGUUGGUCCAAAUGACACGAGAAAAUAGAAAGGUGCUCCUGUAUGAUGAACCAACAGCUGGGCUUGAUCCGAUUGCAUCAACUGUUGUGGAAGAUCUCAUUCGUUCAGUUCACGUGACCGGCGAGGAUGCACUUGGGAAGCCUGGGAAGAUUGCAUCUUAUGUUGUCGUCACACAUCAACACAGUACUAUUAAAAGAGCUGUUGAUAGGCUAAUAUUUCUUUAUGAAGGGAAGGUCGUCUGGCAAGGAAUGACUCAUGAAUUCUCCACGUCAGCUAAUCCUAUUGUUCGGCAGUUUGCAUCGGGGAGCUUGGAUGGUCCUAUUAGAUAUUAGCUUCUGCUGCCACAGCAAAUACAAGAAAUACUUGGUCCCACUCGUAGAGUUGAUUUUGCCUACCAUUGGAACUUCUUACACCAGCUUGCUGCUUUAACAAAAGAGAGAUCAAGGCCUAAAAAGUAGUCACAUUUGCAGCUGUUAUUUUUCUGAGCCUGUUCCCAUGAAUCUGCACGUCAUAGAAAAAGUUUCUGGUUUUAUUUACUCUUCUUCAUCCCUCUAGUUUUUUUCCCCCAUUCUUCUUUGUAACUGAUCUUCAUCAUCUUUAUAAAGUAUUGAGAAUCCAACUGUGGCAUCAUGUUAUAACAGCUUAUCAGCUUGAUAGCAAGGACUCAUGCUGAAACAAAUUGCCAUCUUUUUUUUACCUUUCAAUUUUUUAUAUACUACAUUAUAGCAAUUUUGAAUACCUUACAGUUGUACAUUGUGACAUAAUAACAUUUUUAUAUGAGGAAUCGUGUAGAAAUUGUGAUGAUUUUA